ACGUGUCCACUUCACCUUGUACCUUUCUUCUUCUUCUUCAUAUAUAGUUUCUGUUCGGUUACAAACAACUAUUUUAUCAUCUUCUACAAAAUUCGCAAGAAAAUGGGACAAGGUGAAGAAGUCAAGACUCGAAGCGAACCUGAGAUUGAGAUUCAGGAGAGGGGAGAGAUAUUCUUCUUCUACAGGCCUAAAGUUGAGAAAGAAGAAGCUCACUCUCCUGAUGACGUUCAACGUUUGUAUGUUGUUUUACGCCCUGAAUCGGGAGAGCGAUCCCUUGAAGAGAAGCAAGAUCCUCACUCUGGCAAGGAAGCUUCCAAAAAGAACUCCCCUUCUUCUUCUUCUUCUUCCAAGAAUGAGACGGAGGGUGGACAUGGUACCCAGUUUGUCUGUAUGGCAGCAAGUGAACAUAGAAAAGGAGGCGUUGCUGCGAUUUAUUGUGAUGGGACGCAAAAGCCUUCCAGACCCAAGCAAGAAAAGCCAACCUUAUUGGGGUUUUGUCGACCUCGUCACUACAAACAUUGAUGAUGUCAAGAACGCUCUUGGAGGAGAGGAAUAUGAUACUUCCACAAGAGGGCAUCGACACAAGUAUCCCGCAAGAGCACUGGGAGAAGGUAUUUAUCGCAUACUAAGGCACAAUCCUUUCAAGAGAAUGCACACUCAUUUGGUUUACAAGCUAGAGUUUCCUCCUGAAGACGAGGGAAAUGAGCCCCAGCAGUCCCUCAACAUUGAUCGCCAAGCCUCUUUUGUUAUACAAAUCAAGAAUCCGGAGCAGCAUCAAAGUUCCCGAUUCAGAGGACUUCAGAACAAGCGCAAGGCCGUGUUUCCUGCUCACCUUGAAGGGCAGUUUGGGCAAAAAGGAUACUGCCCUGCUGAUCCCCCUGACUUUUUGAACUACGAAGGAUGCGAGUUUUUGCUGAUUUCAGCCUCCGAUGAUAUAGAGGAUGAGUUGGGGUUGGAGCUGAAGACAGAAUGCGAAGCAGCAGCAGAUUCACCUUGUUCUGAUUUAGUAGAGACUUUUGGAGAAAGUGUAGCUACCAGUGCUCUCUUUCGAGGCAGUUGGGCUUGACCUGGUUGAUGACAUAUCGGAAAAGCAGAAUCAGAAUUAAUCUUAGUUUAGUUUUGGGAAUGUAUGUAAUUAUUAUCAGUAAGUUCCCCUGUUUCAGCAGGUGAUAUUAGGAAGUAAUGUAGUGUGCACAGCGCAGAUAUAUUUUUGUUCUAGGCAGACUGGUUUUCUUGGCUGUAAUAACAAAGUGCCGCUCUUUUUCUUUUU